AUGAAAGCCGUCAGCGUUACGCCUAUGGUGACCAUCCACCACUUCUCGAAUCCUAUUUGGGUGGAGGACUUCGCUCACGCGAAUUCAACAUCAAGUGGACCCGAAGACUGCACCUCCACCGAUAUCAAUCUGUGUGGAUGGGCUGGUCCUAAUCAAGCCGCCAUCAUUGCAGCGCUCGUUAAGCACACAGAGUUGCUUGCCACUGAGUUAGGAGACGUUGUCGAUAAUUGGUGCACAAUCAGCGAGCCUGUCAAUUAUAUUUUGGCCGGUUGGGGACUUGCUGCAUUUCCCCCGGGACACAGCUAUCUGAUGGAUGGACACAUGGUAGAUUUUAUGGAUGUAUUCCGAGGCUUCCUUGAGGCUCACUCUCAGAUGUAUGACGUUCUCAAGGCUAAAGAUACCAUCAGUGCCGCUGAUGAUGGAGUUGCAGCUAAUGCAGGGAAUACGCUUUCUGUGGCUGAAUGGGUACCUACUCACGCCAACAACUUCAGCAGCGACCCUGUUGAUGUAGCUGCGGAUAAUAACAUAGAGUACGUUUACAAUCACUUCUUUACUCAGUCGAUCCUCGAUGGUACGUUCGAUGCUAGCUGGUCUAGAAAUACAAGUACCUUUGAAUCUCAUCCCGAGUGGAAAGGUAAACUUGAUUUCGUUGGUUUACAAUACUAUUUCCGUGCUGGUAUCACUGGCUCACCUGCCCUUCUUGCUUCCGUGCAAGGAACGCCUUGCAUGCCUGGUUCUUGGCUCGAUAUAGGCUCGUGUUUACCUGCCCCAGAGGAUCCUAAUCACUGGAUACCAAGUAUGGGUUAUGAAUACUGGAAAAUGGUACUUACAACAUCCUCACUGCGUACAAAAACAAAUACCCUGGCCUGCCAACAAUUAUUACUGAAUCUGGUAUUUCCGCCAACAACGGCGUGCGACGAUCUGAGCACGUUGUGA